AUGGCCGACCCUACCGGCGCAACGCCGCAAUCCCGCGUCUACGCCACUGUAUACUCCCCCUCAUUCCUGUCCAUGUUCUACGACUUCUACGUGCUCCGCUUCAACAUGCGGUACAUGUGGGGCUGCCCGACAGACUCGGUGCUCCUGCCCUUCUUCAGCGAGAACUUCUCGCGCCGCCACCUCGACUGCGGUGUCGCCACGGGCUUCUUCCCCGCCGUUGCCCUCUCGCGGCCCUUCCGCGCCCAGUCCACGCAACACCUCACCCUCCUCGACAUCAACGCCAACUCCCUCGUCGCCGCCCACAACCGCGUCCUGGCCCACUCCACCGGCACCGAAAUCAAGUGCGUCAAGGCCGAUGUCACGGCGCCGCUGCCCAAGGCGCUGAAGGGGGAGCGCUUUGAGACGAUUUCCAUGUUCAAUUUGUUUCAUUGCGUGCCCGGACCCAACAAGUUGGAUGCUAUUGGCAUCUUUAAGGAGUUAUUGACGGAUGAUGGCGUGCUGACGGGGUGUACCGUGCUGGGGCGCAAGCAUGCCACGGGGUGGUUGUCGAGGCUGUACGUCAGGUACUUCAACCAUGCUGGCUUCUUCAACAACUUGGAUGAUAACGAGGAGGACAUCCGGGCAGUGCUCGAGCAGGAGUUCAAAGAGGUGGAGACGUGGGUCAUUGGCAUGAUGAUGUUGUUCAGGGCGCGGAAGCCUCGCAGGACCGUUGACGAGUUGCUAUGA